UACUUCCAAAAACACAUCAUGUAUUCCAUUUUACGCAUUUCGAGUGGUUCACCUGCGCCGCAUUUCUGGGGACUUUCCUUUUUGUUAUUUAAUGUGUUCCAGGAUGGACAACAAGUCGUACCUCGUUCAGAUGAAUGGGAAUGGCAAAAGCCUGGUGAAAGCUCAGAGCCUGAACGCCACGGCGGUCAAUGUGAAGGGGCUGCAUGGGAACGGCUUGCACCACGUCAGCGUGAACGGCAGCUUGUAUCCGGCCAAACCCAAGAGCCGCAGGCAGAGGUGGGAGGUGAAGGCCUCAGAGAUGGCCAAGAACACGCUCAACCCCAUCAGGGCCAUCGUGGAUGGGAUGAAACUCACCCCCAACCCGGACAAACCCAUGAUUGCGCUCUCCAUAGGAGACCCCACUGUGUUUGGAAACCUGCCUACAGAUGGUGCUGUGCUCCAGGCCCUGAAGGACGCCAUAGACUCUGAAAAAUACAACGGCUAUGCCCCCUCAGUGGGCUACUUAAAGAGUCGGCAGGCGGUGGCAAACUUCUGCAGCUGCCCACAGGCUCCGUUAGAGGCGGAGGAUGUGAUUUUGACCAGUGGCUGCAGUCAGGCCAUUGAACUGGCCAUCAAUGUCCUGUGUAACCCCGGGGACAACAUUCUGGUACCCUGCCCGGGUUUCUCUUUAUACAAGACUCUGGCUGUUUCCAUGGGUAUUGAGGUCAAACUCUACAACCUACUGCCAGAGAAGUCGUGGGAGAUCGACCUCCAGCAAAUGGAGAGCCUGAUCGACGAGAGGACGUCCUGUGUGAUUGUCACCAACCCUUCCAACCCGUGUGGAUCCGUCUUCAGUAAGGAACAUCUGCAGAAGAUCCUUCAAGUGGCCUCCAAACACUGCGUUCCCAUUCUGGCUGAUGAAAUCUACAGCGACAUGGUUUUCCCGGGAUGCAGCUCUCCGUCCUUGGCGUCCCUGAGCAGUGACGUUCCCAUCAUUUCCUGUGGCGGCUUGGCAAAGCGCUGGCUCGUCCCCGGCUGGAGGAUGGGAUGGAUCCUCAUUCAUGACAGGAAUGAUAUAUUUGGAUCAGAGAUUCGGCAGGGUUUGGUCAAACUGAGUCAGCGUAUUCUGGGAGCCUGCACCAUCAUCCAGGGAGCGCUUGAAAGCAUCCUCAACAACACGCCCCAGAGCUUCUACAGUAACACCAUCGACUUCCUGAAGUCGAACUCAGAGAUUUGUUUCAACGAGCUUUCAACCGUCCCGGGCCUGAACCCCGUGAUGCCUUCAGGAGCCAUGUACCUCAUGGUUGGGAUAGACAUUUACCACUUUCCAGACUUCAAUAACGACGUGGACUUCACUGAACGGCUGGUGACGGAGCAGUCGGUCUUCUGUCUGCCUGCUUCGGCGUUUGAGUACCCCAACUUCUUCCGGAUCGUGGUGACGGUGCCGGAGCACCUGAUGACGGAGGCCUGUGCUCGGAUCAGAGAGUUCUGCCAGCGUUACUAUCGGCCCCGCAGCCGCGACAGCACCGACAGCCACGACCUGGACCAGUGAGGAGCCGAGCGGACGGCCGAGCACAUGUAGAAAUCCCACGUAAUGAUGAGCGAAAACUGCCACCAUAGUUGUCUUCGCCAUGGCAACGAGAAGCCUUCCAGCCGCAUUUCUGAUGGACUAAUUUUCGAUGACGAAAUGGGCUGCCACGAUAUUUAUAUUUUUUAUGGGCAACUGUAUUAACCUUUUUUUGUAUAUUUAUAUAAUUUGUGUAACGCUGUGUUUGCCGCUUUGAUAUUGAACACAGGAUUGUGAGCAGCCGCAUUAUUUACAGGAAAAUUCCUGUUUAAUACUCUCAAAUCUACCAUCAGAGGAAUAUAUAUUAGAAUCUCUUUCAUUAGCAUUAUGUGCUGACAGUCAUCUGCAUACUUCUACUUUCAGAUUGCAUGGACAUGUUCCUCAUCAGAACUGUCUCUCUACAUCUUUUGUUGUUAAUUGUAUCAAACAGCAUAUCCAUCUUUGUUUCUUGAGUUCUUUGUGUUUCAUACCCAGGUUUUGUUAUUUUGUUUAUGGCCACCUAAUAAAAUCAUUUGACAUGAAUGUUGUGAACUGAUAUUUGAAAAAAAACAUCUGCAUACUAAAUCAAGGAUUCAAUUUCCACUCUCCUACACCUGGAUGAAGUCAUAACCUUGACCUGAUCACUGGUGGACUGAUAGUGUUUUGUACAAAACAACACCAGCCACAUAAGUUUGGUAACAAGUCCAAUGUGUGGAUGUUGCUCCUCCAAAUCAAAAUGAAUCCGCUGAGGUGCUUCUGAAUUUAGGGCCUCUUAAUGGCCUCUUUUGAGGGUUUUUCGAGAAAAAAUGCAUCAUCACGCACAGCUUUUGUAGAAUAUCCCCUCCUCACUUACAUGUAAAUACCUGAUAUUACCACUGCGUUGAACUUUUGUCCUAAUAAAAAAAUGUGUCAUUUCUCA